UUGUCAUAUUUCAAAACUUGAGCAGAGUCAGAAUGAAAUACAGAGCAGGUUUUGUCAAAGUGGUGUGUGCCUGGAUGGUGAUUCUAUUGCCAAGCUUGGAUUCGUGCCAUGCACUGAAGAAACAUGCUACAGGUGGAUCAUGCAGGCCGAAAGAGCUGACGGCCCUCACCAAAAGUCUGGUUGAAGCAAGCUUGACAAGUUUUGAUGAAGCCAAUGGGAAGCACCUGGGCACCUGGUCCCCAGGCUUCCCUGAGCUCCAGGUCCAGCAGAACUCUCCUCUCCUCCCCUCAAAAGUUCAGUGCAGCCUCCUCUUCAUGGCUCAAGGCCUGAAGAAAAUCCUGGAGGACCAGGUGAACAACCUGAAUCCCAAAGAUGUUUCACUUCAUAAGAAUCUCGGCGCCACCAUCUCUCAGAUCGACAUACUUGCAAAGUGUGUGAAGCAUAUUCUCGGAGGGGAGUGCUCCCCUAAACCACCCCCACCCAAAAUGCCCACACACGUGUUUGACAGAAAGCAAUGGAGCCACACUCUGUUGAAGACAGCCAGGAACUAUCUGAACUGGCUGGAGCAUAAGUUUGAGAACAAAACGUCAAAGGUCAAAGGCACAAAUAAUAGAAAACAUAACGUUCCUGAGGCAAAGCGUCAGAAAUACUUGGAAGGGAGUGGAUACUUCCUGUAAUCUCAGUUUGUUGAUCUCAGUUUGUGAUGCAAAUGGCAGCAGUGAUUUAUGGCAGCUUUUCAAUGUUUUUUUAAAAUGUGUUAUUUGUCAUGUACACAGCAUGUUGACAUGCAUUUGGGACAUUUUUAACCUGCAUGAAUUCAAUGCCAAUGCAAUUGGCAAUUCCUUACAGACCGUAGCUAACAUGGCUGAUCAAAUCUCCUUCUUAAGCCAUUUUUGUUUGAUAUAUUUGGAAAUAAAUGUAUUCACUUUCAGACACAGCCAGGCUGUCUGCUUCCCUGUUUCCAGUAUGGAAAGCUAAGCUAAUUGGCUGCUAGAGCUAUAGCUCCAUAUUUUCCUCAAAGACACGAGAGUGGCAUCAAUCUUUUCAUUUAAUUUUUGAGAAGAAAGCGAAUAUGCUUAUUUUUCCAAAAUUUCAUACUGCUCCUUUUAAAGGUAUAUCAGAAAUGGCUUUGUUCAUUUAAACUUGAUAUUUUUGCAACAACCGUCAUGGUUCCCGAGUGACAGUAAUUAAUCAACUUGCCAACGAGACAAAUGAGAAGGGGCUCUAAUACAUUUCCUAAUUACGACAGUUUGUUUUCUCAGCCUUCACAAUGAUUAAUUGUUUUGCUCUGGCCAUCUAUCCCUUGUGAGCGGGAUACACUGCCUGAGGUAGAAAGAGAAGCUGAUAAGAAUCACCUUCAGAGAGCCACCAGUUUGGACUCCAAUCACCGUAUUCCACAGUGAAAUUUGAGGACAGAUGGACAGUGCACAGUAAGGCAGAUAAGUCUCCCAUCAAAGCAACAAAGAUUAAUGUGGGCCUCUUCCUUUUCAAGUUAAGUGAUCAAUUAAUAUUCUAUUAGAAGUUCCAGUGUUUCUUUUUUGUUCUGCAUGAAUUUCAAUUGAAUCUUUAAGUUGAAAUUCAGUAGAAUUCCUUAAAUUUUACACGGACAUUUUCGAAUUGAUAUACUUAGUUCCAUCAAAGAGCCGACUCAAAUGUAUUUCUUUGUUUAUUACAAUACACAAUUUUUGAAUGCUUCUUUUUUUUUUUGCACCAUUACCAUUAGGAUAAUGA